AUGUUCGUUUUUUUCGUAGCCCUCGCUAUUUGCACAGCGUCGGGUGUUUUUUUUGGCGUUGGUGCGACGGGUGGGACGGGUUGUGGCCCAAAGCAGGCCUGUUUCCCUUGGUUGGAAAACAGCAGCGCAACGCGAUGUCAGCGGGGUGGACGGAUAAAUCUUCGGUUCAUGUUAGACCUUCCGCAAGGGGAUACGGAGGCACCUUCGACAAACCAAAAGCGUGCAGUGUAUGCCUUCUGUCCUAUUGUUGACGAGCUACAGGUAUUUACGCUUAAGGGAGCUGGGAGGGUAUCGAGUCUUCUCCAGAAGACUAGUUCCUCCGGACAAGCUUCUAUCACGCCUAACCCAGCACCCCGGUACCUUUCUGUGUUCGGCUUCGGCAGGUCAGGCCAAAAAGAAUACCCGGAGAGGGACGUCUCCAAUUCGACAGUGGUGAUUGCCAUGCGGGACAUUGGGUUGUGUAACUCCCCGGAUUCGGUGGCUAUAGUCAACAUGGUCAUACUUACUAUCGGGAUGCACGAUGGGAAGUUCAAUUACAUUUCAAGUGACGCAGACACCAAGGAGCCAGACGACAGUGAAUCGGGUAUUCCUUCAGGGAAUUCCUCAGGCACCGGCUCACCGAUGGAAUCUGUGCAACCGGCGAUGGUAGGAUUCCGUCCUACAUGUGACGAGUCGGACCAUUGUAUUUUCUCACCCACAAGUCCAUGUGUUGGCCCCAUCCGUGGGAUGAAAAAUUGCGGAGCUUGUUAUAAUACCCCUGAUGAUAUUGAGGGGGCGAGCAUUCAGGUAUGGACUUCAUACCAAGGGACGGACCUCGAGAGGCAGCCGCUGCUCAGUGGUGGUAUGGAUCCAAUGGGUUUCAGGAAAUUUGCCGGCGGCAAGUUUGUUGGCAAUAUUAAGUAUGCUGUGAGCAAAAUUGAGAAUACUGCCAGUGGUAUGAUGCCGGGAGAUGAAACAAACUCGACUCCAUAG